GUGUGCGCGCGUAUGUAACUGUGUAUGUGUCUUGUGAGUGCGAAGGUUACCGACCAAAGUACGCGAAACGACGGUAUUUGGGCACUUGGCGUGCGGCGAUAGUUAGUAAGUAAUAACUUCUCCGGAGGAGGAAUUUUCCAGUGACAACGGCACGGGAGAACGCGUCAACACGACGAAGGAAAAAAUGUCCGGAACGGGAAACGGCGGCGGCGAUGCCGCUGGCGGUAGCGGUAACGGCGGCGGUUGCUGCUCGACGAUCGUAAAGAAGCUCGGCUUGCGACCGGUCACGCGGUGCAGCAUCGCCAAGUUCUACGCGCCAGCAUUCGGCGCCGUCUCAUACACCUCGAUGUCCAUCAAUGUCAUGAACCCGAGCCUCGUCGUCAAAGUAUUUCCAAAGAGAGACAUUACGAAUUUCUUACUAGCUGGUACGCUUAUCGGUACCGGAUCUUACAUCUACACACGUGAACACAUGAAGGCUGCACCACAGUCUGUGAGAAUUCUAUACAGUGCCACCGGUGCAGUAUUAUUGAGCCUGGGAUCUGUCUUACUGUGGGCAGUGAUACGUUCUAUAGUCCCGCCAAGUCCAGUCUGCUGUACGUUAGCUGGCAUCGGCACUGGAGUGGCGUUUUUGAAAGUCGGCUCCAGUUAUCUCGAAUUUGUGGACGAGCAAAUAGCGAAAAAGUAGGCUGCUCCUAUAUACUUUUUGUUCUUUUCUUUCCCAUCUUGGAUUUGUAUCUCGAAUUGUUGCGGAAUGAAAAUGUACUACGUCGAGCAAGGGACGCAGCACCUUUUGUCUGUUACAUUUUGAAUGCGAUUCCCAAAUCGACGAGUCUUGUGGAAUUUUCGUUUCAUGCGACGGGAGGUUACGGAGAGCGAUUCAAUACUUGAUUCAUCAGAUUCCUGAAAUUUUUUCGAGUUCAAAUUAUGUGUAAGUAAUAUUUUUUCCACCGUGAGUUUUAUAUACGCGCAUUUUUUUUUUCAAAACCAAAAAGACAGAAAAGAAAUACGAGUGGAUACUCGAGUGCUUUCCAUUUGGUGGCACAAAUCGACAAAAAUCGUCGCAUUGUCUUUGUUACUCAUUGAAUGUAGAAAAAGAUAGAGGAAUGAUAUUUGUGUCGACUUAAGUCAUUAAAUGAAAAGCACCCGUCGUAUUGAUUCCAAAAAUGUGAAUUGUCGUAUCGCACAAAAAUGUGAUAUCGGCGAUUCUAGCGUUGAAGAUGGCUUUACCUGGCAGCGAAGUGUUCAUAAACAGUCGUGCGCUUUUCUCUUCGCUCGUCAUUCACGCAUCGCCAACACGGUAAACGGCAUUUUAUAAAUUGUUCCUUAAGAUGUAUUGCACGCACUUUGGGAACUCAAAUGAGACCCUCGUAAUCUCGGUGUGUUUAUGGAAACCGGGAAGUAUGAGCGUUGUAUGUUUAUUGACAACAUAUUUUGUAAGCUGCAUAAGAAUGCAAUCAUCAUAUGUAGAUAACUGUCACCAUAUAAAUAUAUGAAUAUACGAAUUGUGACACCAUAGAAAAAAAAGGAAUGAAACAUACGAAUGAUCUCCUCACCUGCCUGAAAUCCAUCAACUGUUUGUCUGUUUUGCAUUUUUAAUUUU